UUUAUUUUUUGCUGCCAUAAGCCAGCUUGUUUGGCUCUUGUUUUGUUUUGGUUUUGAUUUUGAUUUUGAAUUUGAAUUUGAUUUUGAGUCUGCGCGACGGCGAGUUCUGUGCGCGUUGCAUUUUCAAUAAACGCGUUUGCUUUUGGCUUUUGGCACGCUGCGUGGGCGCCAAUUCGUGUGGCUGUGUCUCGUGUGUGCAUUAGCUAAUGUGUUUGUAUUGCUAAUUAAAACGGCAGCAAAAGUAACCGCAAAGUGGCAGCAACAAGCAGCAAGCAAUAAGCAACAAGAACCCCCGACAAAAGCGAAACAAAGUGCAUUCGAUAAGUACGAUAACCGAAAUCCAUUCCCGAUCCAAACCCGAUCUGAGCACUAAAUUGGAUCGACAGACAAGCAGCAGCAGGUGUUUUCCCCAUUGCAUUUCCCAUGAUUCAGAGCACGAGGAACGUUCGGCAUGACGUGAACUGCUUAGAUAUUCCAUGCGAGAACCGAAACCUUUGCAACUAGCCGCCAACCCAAUCGAUCGUCUCGCUUCGAUUCGAUCCGAUUGCCCCCGAAAAGCGUCCGUUUUGGGGACGUGAUCAGUCCCGAGAAGAGAACCCUCCAAAAAUCUAGAACCAAAUAGAAAAACCCGCCACGCCAUGGACUCACGCAUCGGCCUGGACUACAUUGUCGAGAAUCGUGACUACAUUGCCAAGCUAGGCGCUGCCCUGGACACGCAGAAUGCCACUGUCAAGAAGCAGGUCUUCGAGCUGCUCUCGGCGCUGUGCGCCUACAGCCCCGAUGGCUAUGCGCGUGCCAUUGAAACCCUAGAAUUUUACAAGAAUCUCAAAAAGCAGCGAUACCGCUUCAAGAUUGUCAUCAACGAACUGGAGCUGUCGAGUGCCGCUGCACAGCCGCCCCUGGAUUACCAAGCCGCCUUGCUGGCCUUCAUUAACUGCGUUAUCAUUUCUGCGGCCACUUUACAGGAGCGGAUCCGCAUCCGGAACGAAUUUAUAGGUCUCAAAGUUUUGCCGCUGCUCAAUAACCUAAGAAAAGUCGCACAAAGUGUGGGCGAUAUCAUCGUACAAUUGGACGUAUUCGUGGAGCAGCAGGAAUGCGACGAGGCCCAGAGCCUUCAGGCGCCCGAUGGCAUCAAUCUCAAUUCGCAUCUUGAUGUCUUCUACGCGAUUCUGCGACAGGUGGCUGAUACGCCGCAGGAAGUGCCAUUCCUUAAUAUUCUGCAGCACCUGCUGCGCAUCGAUCCCAAGGAGCCGCUUAGCGACAUCAUCUGGGAUACCACAGAGCGGUUGGUCCAUCGCGCCACGCUCCUCGAAAGUCAUGAGGAUUCGGUGCGUCUGCUACGCACGCCCAGUAGCCAGAAGUUCGCCUGCCAGAGUUGUCGGGGAAGCGAUGCCAGCAGCCCCACCCGCAAACCCUCCCAGCCGGUGGGCGCGGCGGCUAAGACGACGCCGCCACCACCCCCACCACCGGCGCCCAUGGCACCCGCAGCACCACCCCCCCCGCCUCCGCCGUUAAAUGGCCUAACACCACCACCUCCGCCGCCGCCCAUGAUCAAUGGCGGCGCAUUGCCCCCUCCACCGCCUCCGCCUUCGAUGCAAAUGGCAUCACGACCUAGGACUCCAGAUCCUUUGGCCGCAGAGACAGUGGCCACUGUCAUAUUGCUACCACAGCAGGACACUCCAGCUCCCAAGGCCAAGAUGAAGACUAUCAACUGGGGAAAAAUUCCGCACACCAAGGUCCUUGGCAAACAAAACAUCUGGAGCAUCGUGGCUAGCAAUCAUCAGGACAGCCCGAUGCAGGACAUCGACUGGAACGAGAUGGAGGGACUCUUCUGCCUGCAAACAGCCAGUGCGCAGGGAUCACCGAAAUUGGGACGAGAUGGUAACCAAGCAUCCUCUGGUUCCAAUGGUUGCGACACCUUAGACCGAAAAUCGAAGAAGGAAAGCACGGAGAUCACUCUGCUCGAUGGCAAAAGGAGUCUGAAUGUGAACAUAUUCCUAAAGCAAUUCCGCACCAGCAACGACGACAUCAUCCAGUUAAUAAGGCAAGGCGCCCACGAGGAGAUCGGAGCGGAAAGACUAAGGGGCCUACUGAAAAUAAUGCCCGAGGUGGAUGAGCUGGACAUGCUGAAGGGUUUCAAUGGGGACAAGGCACGACUAGGUAAUGCCGAGAAGUUCCUUUUACAGCUGCUAGAGGUUCCCAACUACAAAUUGCGCAUUGAGAGCAUGUUGCUCAUGGAGGAGUUCGCGGCGAAUGUGGCCUAUCUGGAGCCUUGUAUUAAUGCCAUGCUGUACGCUGGCGAUGAACUGCUCAAUAACAAGACCCUUCAAGAGGUCCUCUACAUGGUUGUUGUGGCUGGAAAUUUCCUUAACUCCGGCGGAUAUGCGGGCAAUGCUGCCGGCGUUAAGCUAUCCUCACUGCAAAAACUUACAGACAUCCGUGCGAAUAAGCCAGGCAUGAAUCUGAUUCACUUUGUGGCCCUCCAGGCGGAAAAACGAAAUCCCGAGUUGCUGCAAUUCACAGGACAACUAAGCACCCUUGAAAGUGCUAGCAAAACAACCUCAGAGCAGAUCAACAAUGAAAUCAACACCUUGGACGGCAGGAUCAGGAGAAUAGCCAGGCAAAUCGAACAGCCAGCAACGGAUGCAGAUAUCAAAGAUCAAAUGGCCGACUUCCUGCAGGCCGCUGAAUCGGAAUUAACUGUUCUGCAAUCGGGAAUGAAACAAGUUGAGUCCAUGCGGCUCAAAAUGUCCGAGUUCUUCUGCGAUGAUGCAGCCACCUUCCGGCUGGAGGAGUGCUUUAAGAUCUUCCAGAAUUUCUGUGAUAAGUUCAAGCAGGCUGUCAAGGAAAACGAGCGCCGUCAACAGCAGGAGCAGCAGGCAACUUUAAGACGAAAGCAGCGCGAGGAGCAACUGGCCCGCAGAGCCAGGCAGAUUGGUCAAGCUGGAACACCGGUCUCCGAUUCGGAGCACUCCUUCCUCGGCGAUGCUCUUUUCGAUCCUCGGGCUAGUCCGGCGUUGAGUCGCAGGCAUUUGGGAUCCGGAGAGAUCAGCAAUGGUUUCAUCCGCCUUGAACAGGACGGUGCCUCUCCGGACAUCACACCCAAUGGCAGUUUAAGACGCCGGCGUAGUCGAGUUUUGGCCGAGGAGGAUGACCUGAUGGAGUUCUUGAGGAGCUCGACCGGCCCUCACGAUGGACACAACAGCAGGGAGCGUAAGGCAGCCUACGGCAGUUUGGAUCGCUCGUGGGCCCGACGUGCCCGUUCAGGAAGUUCCAGUCGAAAGCGUCCCGAUUUGCUCAACAUUGACUUUGGCCUGGAUCGGGAAAGGGCCAGCUCGCCGGCUCCUCUUCUCCAGCAGCAACAACAGCAGGCGCAUGAGCGACUCCAAUCUCCGUUGGCCAGUGCAGCUGGCACGCCUACAACAGCAGCAAAUACGCCCACUGGCAGUGGAUCGGCGAUUGGCCAGACGCCGCCCAUCAACGAGGAUGCGAAACCAAGAAUAUCCCGUGAGUGGCGCCAGAAAAUCGAGACCUGGCUGCAAUCCAACGAAAGCGACGAGAAGCAGAACGAGGAGUACAGGCGCAAGCGUCGUCUGGUCAACGCCAACAGGCGAUCGCUCGAAAACGAAACUGAAAACGAACGAAAACUGGACCCCUUGCCGGAGGAGAAGAUACUGCCUUCGACGACGACAGCUACGCCAACGAACACGCCCACGACCACUAAUCCCAAUAACUCCACUAACAGAACGGAUCAGGAUUCUGGAAAAUACCAGCGAGUCUACGCCGACUGGAAGCCCUCAAAGACGCUCGAGCAGACGGAUGUAGUGGCCAACCUGCAGGCCAUUGCCGAUGCCCAGCCGCACGAUUCACUGCGUCAGUAUCGCCGCCAGCGAUCUCAAGACCAGUCCAGUCCCUUAGCUCUUCAAUCGAUAGCUGAAGAAGAUAGGCGGAAAUCAUUAAUACAAAAAAUGGGCGAAAGGGACAUAAGCAACGAGCGGUUGCAGGUAUACAUUAGAAGAUCUGCGAGCAGGGACCUACAGACUGUGAAACCGGAGGAGCAGCUAUUGCCGCCGAAGUCACCAAAAUCACAGGUUUCCGAUGACACAUUUGCCAGCCUGCUAAGUCACCACAAAAGCCAGAACGAGAUGCAGGCCUCCUCCAAAGAAGUGGAUGCGGAUAAUAUCGAAACACCCCCAGUUAGUCGUCGGGUGAUUGCCACGCCCACCACUACAGUGGUCACUGUGAGCAUGACGAAUAAGCCAAAGGUGGUCACGGAGGAAAAAGUAAACUCAGCGGAGCAGGAUGCCCCUGGUCACUUUGAUCGCCAUGCCUUGGCCCGACGGACACGUCGCUACAAGAGGCCUACUGACUACAGCAGUGGAAAUGAGGAGCUUCUGACCACCAACACACAAGAGUUGAAAACUUCGCCUUCGAAACCAGAACCACCUCCGCCUGAGAAAUCCAAGCAGAAGGAGCGUACGAUUAACAAACUGGAAAAGGUUGGUCGCCACAUAAGCUCCAUUAACCAGGAAGAUGUCAGGGAAGCUAUCAGAAAUCUUAAAUCGCCCACGGGAACACCAGAGCGACCUUGGAGUCCACCGCGAGAGAUAACGCCUUCCAAGAUGAAGCUCUCCGCCAGUGGUCACCAUGAACUGAAUGAUGAAGGCUUUGAGGAGACCCAGAGUCUGGUAUCGGACACUCCCUCCCAUGGAAAGGGUGAGAGCACCAAUUCCUCCUGCAACGAGGGUGUCAGCGAGACACCCGCCCGUCAGCGUCCGUUGCAGAAACAGAAACCCACGACGACCAGCAUCACCCAAAUAGGCAGUCGCCUGGCCGAUCGCUUGCAGCAGGCCAGAUUGAAGGGCUCAGGAUCUUCAGGAUCGACAGUCAGCAAGUCACAAAACCAAAUCCCUGCCACUCAACCGGCAACCGUCAAGAGGAGUCUGUCCGCAAGCAGACCACUGCGCAUGCCCAACGGUCAGCCGUUGGCUAGUGCUGCACCGCUGCGAUCCGCAUCUGCAGUAAGACGCUCGCCGCAGGAACAACAGGUUCUUGCGGGAGUGGAACGAAGCAGUUCGAGGAACAGCCUGCGAUCCUCGCGAUCGUCUAUUAACAGUGGAGCCUCAACGCAAACAGUGGUCAGACGUCUGCCAGCCGUCCAGCGUGCGGGAGCCACAGUAUCCGUUGACUCCUCUCCCAGUAAGAGACCACUGGCUGCCCAGAAUCUGCGGCCUACGCAAGGACGUGGAGUACCGGCCAGCAGAAGCAGCAGCAGUGGCUCCAGUGUAGGACCCAGUGUGAUCCUGGUGCGCAGCAAGAUGUCUACCACUGCUCCAAAAUCGAGUAUCAACGGCAGCACCAGUUUCAAAGAGAAUCAGUCCCAGUCCCAACCACAGUCCCAGUCCCGGAUGAGUGCUGCUCGCAGUGUAGUGUUGGUGAAGAAUGCCCUGAAUCAGCAGCAGCAAGCCAGGAUGAAUGGAAACCCGAGUCCCCAGCAGAGGAGUACCAGUAGCAGUCGAUCUGUAAGCAGCUUUAUGCGACCUACGGCCAGCAGUGCCACCAAGCGCCAGAAGUAGGAUCACAGGGUUCAGUACAGUCCUCGUCCAAGUUAACGUCCCAAGUUUACACAUGUUACAAACGCAUCCAAGCCGUCCAAGCGACAAUUUCGAAUUUCUAAGCAGGAUCUGAAACACAAAUCAACACACAUAUAAUUGUUACAGUUGAAAUAUUUUGAGAAGUUAUACAAAUCUAAUGAAUUCCCUGCACAUUCCAACUGAAGGUCCGCGAAUCCUUAAUACAAAAGACAAAAUCUUUCAAAUUCUUAAAUAUAUUUGAUCACAAAAAAAAAAAAAAAAAGACAAAAAUACUAGCAUGUACUACUCAACUAAAACUUAGAUUAAGUUAAAAAAAUGUUAAACUCGUAUUUUCCAUAUUUAACAUAUAGUUGUAGGCAUUAUUCGAUUAUAUGAUCACGUUAGGAGACUUUUUUAUAGAAGCGCGUUGUUUACAAAGUGUGUAGUUGAAGAAACCAAAACGACAAUUACAAAUCUUUAAAAUAAAAAAACAUAAGCUUUAAUCUUCAUAAUAAAUAAACUAGAUAACU